AUGGAAAAACAUUGCGAUAUAUUAGAAAAUGAAAAAUUCGGUCGUUAUCUAAUUGCUAAUAAAGAUUUGGAUGCCGGUGAAAUAAUAUUUACAGAUACUCCUUUUGUCUUUGGUCCAAAAUCAGAUACACCACCUCUUUGCCUGGCCUGCUAUUGUCCAGUCGAGAAUACAGUAUGCUCUCGGUGUGGGUGGCCUAUUUGCAGUGAAGCUUGUGAGAAGGCAGCGCAGCAUCAAGCAGAGUGCGAUGUCUUUUUGGGUGCUAAAGUCAAGUUUCAGCCACCAGAAGAUUGGAGUGCACCGUCUCCACAACUGGACUGUAUCACUCCCUUAAGAAUGCUCAUAGCAAAAGAAAAUAACCCUGAUCGCUGGCAACACGAACUAGAUGUAAUGGAAACCCAUACAGGUGAAAGAAUUAAAAGACCAUCAUGGGAAGCUGACCAAAACAAUAUCGUAAAUUUUUUAAUUAAUCACUGUAAACUCGGCGCAAAAUUUAAUCACGAUUUACUAGAGAAAAUCUGUGGAAUAUUGGCGGUGAAUGCAGUUGAAAUACCCUCCCGAGGCGGUUUCAGCUCGCGCGCCAUAUAUCCGUAUUUGGCCAUCGCAGCUCACAACUGUGUACCUAAUAUUAUUCAUUCUAUUCAAUAUGAUGAUUUGACGGUUCUAGUCCGCGCAGCCGUACCAAUAAAGUCCGGCGAAACUUUAUACCUAAGCUACACACACGCUCUGUCACCAACUAUAAUUCGACGAGAAUAUCUAUUGGAAUCUAAAUACUUUAACUGCGAAUGUCAUCGGUGUGCUGAUACGACAGAGUUGGGGACGCACCUUAGUACAAUCAAAUGCAGUAAAUGUGAUAACGGUGUUAUAUUAUCCAGCAAUCCAUUAGAUUCUGAAGCACAAUGGAACUGCACAGACAAAAAUUGUGGAUUCAAAACAUCAGCGGCAGCUAUGCGAAAAAUGUUAACUGUUAUUCAAACAGAAGUAGAUCAAUUGGAUUCGUUGGAACCGGGUCCUCUAGCUAUUGAACAAAGAGAGGCAUUCAUUAACAAGUACAAAUCGGUAUUCCAUCCUCGUCAUUCGGUACUUCUGUCUGUCAAAUACACUCUAGCUGAGCUAUAUGGCCGAGUUGAGGGUUACACUAUUGACGAGCUGCCUGAUCUGAUGCUUGAGCGUAAAGUCGAAAUGUGUCGACUUGUUCUGAACACCUUGGACGUAAUUCUACCAGGGGACACAAGAAUGCGAGGAAUUAUGCUAUAUGAGCUACAUGCACCACUUAUGUAUUUAGCAAGGAGUGAAUUUGGGUCCGGAUUACUAAUAAAAGAACAACUUAAAGAGAAACUCCGAGAGCCUUUACAAUGCUUGGCUGAUGCUGCAAGAAUCCUGCAAAGGGAAGAUCCUCAAAGUCCUGAAGGAAUUAUAGGCAAUAUUGCCUACCAAUCCAUGGAACAACUUAAACUUAGUUUAGAAACCCUAUGA